AUGGCUCCCUCUGCAUUGGAACGUGAGGACAAGGCUCGCGAUGCUGCCUUCAACAAGGCACUCCACGGAAAGUCUGCUAAGGCCCAGGGUGGCUUUGCUGCUAUGCGCGGAAAGGAUGCCGCUGCCCAGAAGGCUGCGGUUGACGAGUACUUCAAGCACUGGGACAACAAGGACGCUGCUGACGAGACCCCUGAGAUCCGUGAGGCCCGCAAGGCGGAAUAUGCCACUCUCACCCGACACUACUACAACCUUGCUACCGACUUCUACGAGUACGGAUGGGGUUCUUCCUUCCACUUCUGCCGUUUCGCCUACGGUGAGCCUUUCCACCAGGCUAUUGCCCGCCACGAGCACUACCUCGCCCACAUGGCCGGUAUCACCGAAGACAUGAAGGUUCUGGAUGUCGGCUGUGGUGUCGGUGGUCCCGCUCGUGAGAUGGUCAAGUUCACCGGUGCCCACGUCACCGGUCUGAACAACAACGACUACCAGAUUGACCGCGCCACCCACUACGCCCACAAGCAGGGUCUUGCCGACAAGAUGGCCUUCGUCAAGGGCGACUUCAUGCAAAUGAACUUCCCCGACAACAGCUUCGACGCUGUCUACGCCAUUGAGGCUACUGUGCACGCCCCUGAGCUGGUUGGUGUGUACAGCGAAAUCUUCCGUGUCCUGAAGCCCGGCGGUACCUUCGCUGUUUACGAGUGGCUCAUGACUGACGAUUACAACAACGACGAUCCCGAGCACCGUCGCAUCCGCCUCGGUAUCGAACAGGGUGACGGUAUCUCUAACAUGGUCCGCAUCUCCGAGGGUGUGGAGGCCAUGAAGAACGCCGGCUUCGACCUGAAGCACCACGAGGAUCUGGCUGCUCGUCCCGACCCCAUUCCUUGGUACUACCCGCUGGCGGGCUCCUUCAAGCACAUGGGCUCCGCCUGGGACUUCUUUACCAUUGCCCGCAUGACCUGGUGGGGACGUGGUAUUGCUCACCGCUUCGUUGGUGCCGGUGAGAGCAUCGGUCUCUUCCCCAAGGGUUCCCAGAAGACCGCUGACAGCCUGGCCCUGGCCGGUGACUGUCUGGUUGAGGGUGCUCAGAAGAACCUCUUCACUCCCAUGUACCUCAUGGUUGGCAAGAAGCCCGAGUAA